AUAAAUUCAAGAUGGAUUCGAAUGUUCGAAAUAAUAAACAAACUCAAGCGAAGAAGCUAAUUGAAAAAUAUUUUUUUCAAAUAACAGUUGGAUGUGGAAAUGCCGAUUGUCAGAAUAAAUGUUGUCUUAGUUCAGGAAACUUGGAAAAAUCAUUGACACCAAAUCAAGCAGCUGUUAAAGCUAUUCAACUUUAUGUUGAGGAAGCAAAUCUCUGCGAAAAUUUAAAAGAUACAGAAGAAAUACAGAAAAAAAAUUCAUCAUCCUCUGAGGAUAUUGAAAUGGAAGUAACUUCUAGUAAAAAGACCAAUGCGGAAUCUGAUUCUAUGAAAAAAAUCGAGCCAUCACAUUCUAGUCUCAAUAAAAAAUCGAAUGACAAUCUUUCUCCUAGUUCACCAACAAAAGAACUCGCAUAUAUUGAUGAGGCAAAACUGAGCGAAAUGAUUGAAAUUUGUGAGGAAACCAAAAAUUAUGCACCAAUAAUUAGGUCUUUGGGAAGUGUCUUUUCAGAUAAAGACUCUGUGUUAAAAAGUUUUCAACAAAAACCCAAAAGCUCAGUUGACGUAAUAUUAGAUAGAGUACAACAAGUAAGUGCUAUAAAGACAAUGAAAAAGGAAGAUAUUCGUACAUUAGAGGAUGAUGAAAAGGACCAAGACUUAAUGGAUUGCGAAGAAAAUAAGGACGUGAAAAUACCAUCCUAUUCAACAAUUGAUUUUGAGAGCUUAAGGCGAAGUUUCCGAAGAUUGUACGAGAAAAAUUCAAAAGUUUUUGAAGCAUUAGAUAAUGCCAUUCAAAGUUUAGCAACAUUGAUACAAAUUGACAUGAGGAUCAUGAGAGAAAAUGAACAAUUUGAAGAAGUUUUAUGCUGCAUUGUCAUUUUAUUCGAAAUAUUUCAAAUUGGAUCAAGCAUGUUAGAACAAUCAAUAUUUCGUACACUAGCUGCAAUUACAGCACUUCCGACUUGGGCGCAAGCUAAGCUUGCUCAUAUUUGGAGCUCUCAAUGCAAAGAAGGUCUAAGGCCAAUUUUGUUAAUUUUACAGCAAAUUAUAACACUCCAAGUCAUAGCAAAUACUUAUCAUCGUGAUUUUCAUGUUAACGACAAUGAAAUUGUUUCAAAUGCAACGAAAGUAAUGAAGAUUGUGUUCUGUGCAAAUCUUCUCGUAAGUGAAAUGAUUGAAUUACCAAAAUAUUUACCUGAGCAAUCAAAAGGAUCCGGCAAUGAAGAAUCAAUGCUUGAAGAGGAAGACGAGGAUGAUUUUAGUUCAAUAUUGUAUCAAGUUGACUCGUCAAAAAAUAAGCAAACAUUUGAAGAUCCAUUAAUGAAAGAAUUGAGUAUUUCCGUGCACGAUUGCAACGAACCAUUCAUUCCAUAUGAAGAAUUCCAAAAUGAGCCAUUAUGUGAUGUCAUUGAAACUGACGAAGAUUACAUGCGUUACAGAAAUUUGGUGUUUAAUGAUAAUAAUUCCAUGCCAUUUAGCUCCAAUAAGAAAUUUAGCUUCGUUGUUUACUCAUUUGUAUUAACGCCUUCAGCAAAGACAUUAGCAUUAUUUUUUGAUAGUCGUGUUAAAAUGUAUUCCGAAAGGAGAACAAUGUUACUAAAUAUGGCGUAUUUAGGAACCAUUAAUAAUCCUUAUUUAAAACUUAAAAUUCGAAGAGACUUCAUUAUUGAUGAUGCUUUAGCAGAGUUAGAAAUGGUUGCUUUAAGCAAUCCAAAAGAUCUCAAGAAGCAAAUCUUUAUUGAAUUUGAUGGUGAGCAAGGAAUCGAUGAAGGUGGCGUUUCAAAAGAAUUCUUUCAGCUUAUAGUUGAAGAAAUUUUUAAUCCUGACUAUGGAAUGUUUACAACUAAUGAGGAUACUCAAACAUGCUGGUUCAAUUCAUUUUCAUUCGAGAAUGAAGCACAAUUUACACUUAUUGGAAUAGUCUUAGGUCUAGCCAUAUAUAAUAGCAUAAUUUUGCCAUUGAAUUUCCCGAUGGUCGUCUAUAAAAAAUUAAUGGAUGUACGUAAUUCAUGGCACGAUUUAAAAGAUUGGAAUCCAAUACUCUACAAUAGUUUAAAAGCAAUUCUGGAUUAUACCGAGCCUGAUAUGGAAGAAGUUUUUUCACAGACAUUUGAGAUUGGCUAUGAAAAUGUUUUUGGAGCACCAAUUAAGCAAUGCUUGAAAAGUGAUGGAGAAAAAAUUCCAGUAAAUCAAAAAAAUAAACAAGAAUUUGUCGAGCUUUAUGCUGAUUUUGUAUUAAAUCAGAGUAUUGAGAAACAGUUUAAAGCCUUUAAGAAAGGAUUUCAAAUGGUUACAGAUGAAAGCCCUCUCAAACUUCUAUUUCGUCCUGAAGAAAUUGAGUUGUUGGUUUGUGGUUCAAAGAACUUUGAUUUUGAUGAGUUAGAAAAGUCAACAGAAUACGAAGGAGGAUAUACCGCUGAAACAGAAAUUAUUAAACAUUUCUGGAGCGUUGUUCAUGGAUUAUCGCUAGAAAAUAAGAGAAAAUUGCUUCAAUUUACUACAGGUUCCAAUCGUGUUCCAGUUGGUGGUUUAAGUAAACUUAAGUUAGUAAUAGCUCGUCAUGGACCUGAUUGCGAUCGUUUACCAACAAGUCACACAUGCUUCAACAUUCUACUACUUCCAGAAUAUAGUUCAAGAGAAAAAAUUGAGGAACGUUUACUUAAAGCAAUAAACUACUCAAAAGGAUUCGGAAUGUUGUAAAAACAUAAUCAUGAAUGGAAAGCAUUUUUCAUCUAUAUUUAAGUUUCUCUUUUGUUA